UGACCAUUGCUGUCUCAAUGUUCAGAAAAAAAAAAAAAUGAGUGCUGCCCAGAGACGGCGAGUGAAUGUUCAUCCGAGUGAUGAGCCUGAGUCGGAUUACUCGGGGAUAUUGAACGAGGGUAUUCUCUUACUCGUCUUUGAGUCCAUAAAAUGGGACUUGCAGGUCCUUUGCUUGACUGCUUCGGUGAAUCGCAAGCUUCGAGCUAUAGCGAAACGGUUGUUGUGGCGAAAGCUCUGCGUGUUUCGAGCGCCGUGCAUGGUUGCAGCAUUGGCCAACGGGGCACCUAAUGGAAGAAUUGGUGGUGGAUGGGAUGCGCUCGCGAAGCUCAUGUUUUUCUGCAGCGGUUGUGAGUCGACUCGUCAUUUCAUAGUCAGUCGGGCUAUUCCGGGUCAUUUCACCCGAGCUUCUCGGUUUUCGAAGACUUCGGGUCGGAGUUUCUUGGCCAAGAAGUGUCGGGGCGAUUUGUUGUUCGUGAGUGACCCGUGCGAGCAUCCAAUGGGGGAUAAGGAAGACGAUCUGGGGAUAUUCCGAGGGGUAUUUCGGGGAUUCAUGAGAUCUAAGACAAGAGCCUGUUUGCUCAGACGGCAAGUACCGUUCGACGAGAGAGUGAGGUGCCCUUAUUGUGGGACCCGAGUCUGGAGCAUGACGGCGGCUCGGCUCGUCCCCAAGAGCGCGGCUAGGCGGCUCGGGUCGGGUGACCGAAGGCUGGAGUAUUUCGUUUGUGUGAACGGGCACUUGCACGGGGCUUGCUGGCUCGUACCUCUGUCGUCCGAUGAAGAAGUAUGUGACGAUGGGGAGGAAGACGUCGACGGCGACGACGAUGAUGUGAAUGAAGAUCAUGCCGGCUAUGAUGAGGUCGAUGGGGACGCGUGUAGCCAUCAGACGGUGACAAAUGGAAGCACGAGCUCGUUAGGGGAAGAUGUUUUAGGAGGUGGGCCCAUCGAUUUAUUGCUGAACUUGUAAUUAAUGAUUAAAUUUUUGCGCGUAUUAUAAGAAAGAAACAGAUUAGCGGACCAGAUUGGUUCUCUCUAUGAUUUUUCUUUUUUGUAAUGUAAAAUAUGACGUGUCGAGUCUGGAUUGGGUCCCAUGGCUAUGCUCUUUUGGCCUCAUGUUAGAAACUGAUUUUCUUGGGAUUGAAAAAUAAUGACGUGGAUUUUCUUAUGGAGUUUAAUUGGAACGGAAGCAGCCAAUUGGUUCAUAA